AUGAGCAGCAGCAGCAGCAGCAGCAGCAGCAGCAGCAGCAGCAGCAGCAGCGGGGGAGGCGGCGGUAGUGAAGACGAGGGGGAGAAGCAGCGGACGCAGAAAGCCGAGCUCCCUGCGAGGUGGGAUACUAGAGCAGCAGCAGCAGCAGAAGCAGCAGCAGCAGCAGAAGCAGCUGCAGCAGCAGAAGCAGCAGCAGCAGCAGAAGCAGCUGCAGCAGCAGAAGCAGCUGCAGCAGCAGAAGCAGUUGCAGCAGCAGAAGCAGCUGCAGCAGCAGAAGCAGUUGCAGCAGAAGCUGGAAGUCGCCGGAACCACGGCGAGGCGGGACGCAAGAGCAGUAGCAGCAGCAGCAGCAGCUGCUGCUGCUGCUGCUGCUGCAGCAGCUGGAUGUCGCCGGAACCACGGCGAAGCGGGAUGCAAGAGCAGCAGCAGCAGCAGCAGCAGCAGCAGCAGCAGCGGCUGCUGGAGUUUGGUUUGCGCGCAGGGGCUAGACUGACCGUACAGCCUCUGAAGAUUUAUCUAAACCCUAGUACUUAA